CUUUUUCUUUUUUUCAUGGGUUUUACUCAGCUUCUUCAUGUUCUUUCAGAUUAAUGGAUCUCUUCUAAUUUUGCUUCCUGGUUCCAAGAUUUCAUCUUUUUGUCUUUUUCGUUAGGGAAUUUUUGUUUGCAUUUUGGUUUAGUUUGCUGGGUUUCUUUUCAAGAUUCUUCUGUCUUGUUUUAAGCUCUUCAAUGAGGUUUCUUUUGAUUUUAAUAGUUAGAGUUGUAGGAUUUCUUGGAUGUUGAGGUGCUUAGAUUGCAAUAUUCUUUUUCCUUUUCUGGUAUUUUCUUCUUGUGGGAUAUUUACGAAGACUGAUGAGAAGAAGUAUAUUGGCAAUGAGGUGCAGUGCAUAGAUAAGUGGCUAAAACUUGAAGUUGAAGAAAUGGUUGGGACUGCAACUUAUGGAAGAAUGAGACAAGCAUUUUCAAUUGUAAAUGGUGACCAAGAACUUGCUACACCAAAUAGUGCUCCUCCAAGUAAUGCCGGAUCCGAGUAUGGUGGGAUCGAGUUCACAAGAGAGGAUGUUGAUGCAUUAUUAAGUGAGAGAAUGAAAUACAAAAACAAGUUCAAUUACAAGGAGAGAUGCGAUAAUAUGAUGGAUUAUAUAAAAAGGCUAAGGCUUUGUAUUAGAUGGUUUCAAGAGCUAGAAGGAUGCUACCUAUUUGAGCAAGAGAAGUUGCAAAAUGCAUUAGAAUUCAAUGAGAGUCAAUGUGCUGAAAUGGAGUUGAUGUUGAAAAACAAGGAGGAAGAAUUGAAUUUAAUUAUUGUGGAAUUGAGAAGAAGUCUUGCUUCUGUACAAGAGAAAGUUUCCAAAGAAGAAGCGGAGAAGUUGGCUGCAAUAGAUGCCCUUGCAAGAGAAAAAGAUGCCAGACUCAGUUUUGAGAAGUCACAAACUUCCCUCUCAGAGGAGCUUGGGAAGGUUCAAGCAGAGCUUCAAAGUGCUAAUCAAAGGAUUACAUCAGUAAGUGAUAUGUACAAGCUGUUACAGGAGUACAAUUCAAGCUUACAGCUAUACAAUAGUAAACUUCAAACAGAUCUUGAUACAGCUCAAGAAACUGCUAAGCGUGGAGAGAAAGAAAAAGCUGCUAUUAUGGAGAAUCUCAGCAGCUUAAGGGGCCAACACAAGUCUUUGCAAGAUCAAUAUACUUCAUGCAAAGCAUCCCUAGAUGAAGUCACAAAGCAAAAGGAUGCUCUAGUGCAUGAAGUUGCAUCUCUCAGGGUAGAUUUGCAACAAGCGAGAAAUGAUCGUGAUAGGCACCUUUCAGAAGCGCAGGAUUUAAUGGCCAGAGUGGUUAAUUGUGAAGAGCUAGCAGCAAAAUCAAAUGAAUUGGAGGAAAGAUGCUCAUCACAGAGUAAGCAAAUAAGAACAAUGCAGGAGGAGCUAGAGACUGCACAAAGUAAACUACGGGUAUCUGAUCUGUCUGCAUUUGAGAUAAAAACAGAGUUUGAAGCACAAAAAAGGCUUAUAACUGAGUUACAAAGUCGCCUAGAAGAUGCAGAAUUUAAACUUGUUGAAGGAGAGAAGCUUCGUAAGAAGUUACAUAAUACAAUCUUGGAACUAAAAGGGAACAUCCGUGUAUUUUGUCGAGUGCGGCCUCUGUUGCCUGACGAUAGUCCUUCUGCUGAAGGCAAGCUUAUAUCUUACCCCACAACAACUGAAUUUCUUGGAAGAGGCAUUGAUUUGCAGCAAAAUGGGCAAACUUAUCCUUUCACUUUUGACAAAGUUUUUACGCCUGAUGCAUCCCAAGAAGAUGUUUUUGUGGAAAUCUCACAGCUUGUUCAAAGUGCUCUUGAUGGUUAUAAGGUCUGCAUUUUUGCCUAUGGCCAAACAGGCUCGGGUAAAACUUACACCAUGAUGGGAAAACCAGGGGACUCAGAACAGAAGGGAUUGAUUCCCCGGUCAUUGGAACAAAUAUUCCAAACUAGGCAAUCUCUUCAGUCCCAAGGUUGGAAAUAUGAAAUGCAGGUUUCAAUGUUAGAAAUAUACAAUGAAACAAUUCGUGAUCUGUUGUCAACAAAUCGAGACUCAUCACGAACAGAAAACAGUACUAAUGGAAAGCAAUAUGCUAUCAAACAUGAUGCCAACGGGAACACACAUGUCUCUGAUCUGACAAUUGUGGACGUUCGCAGCACUAGGGAGGUCUCAUUUCUCUUAGAUCGGGCUGCUAACAGCAGGUCUGUUGGCAAGACCCAGAUGAACGAACAAUCGUCUAGAAGUCACUUUGUUUUCACACUACGAAUAUCUGGAAUGAAUGAGAGCACUGACCAACAAGUACAAGGCAUCCUGAAUCUUAUUGAUCUUGCUGGGAGUGAGCGUCUCUCUAAGAGUGGUUCAACUGGAGAUAGACUGAAAGAAACUCAAGCCAUCAAUAAAAGUUUAUCAUCUUUAAGUGAUGUUAUCUUUGCCUUGGCAAAGAAGGAAGAUCAUGUGCCAUUUAGAAACUCAAAGCUCACUUAUCUUCUUCAGCCAUGUUUGGGCGGGGACUCGAAGACCCUGAUGUUUGUGAACAUCUCUCCUGAUCCCUCUUCAAUGGGCGAGUCACUAUGCUCGCUCCGGUUUGCUGCCAGGGUCAAUGCUUGUGAGAUAGGAAUUCCUCGGCGUCAUACCGUCAUGCGGUCAUCAGAUUCUCGCUUGAGCUUGGGCUGAUUUUUAACAAAAUAAUGGUUUCAGUUUUACUUCAGAAUACUAUCUCUAUCACUGAGUAUUUAUAAUUUGAGAAAGUGAAGAGUGAUCAUCCUAACCUGAGCUGAUUAUAACAUGUAUAGUGAACAUUUGUUGCACCAGGAAAGCCUGUCCAUGAGCUACUGACGAAUUAAAUCUGGAAAGGCUGCCCUACCCUUGUCAUUAAAUUUGUAUUAUAUUACUAUGUUAUUCAGAAUGAGUCAUACCACAUUUUCUUGUUGCA